AUGCAAAAGCAUAUUCUAUUAUUAGAAUUUGGCAUGAAGACACAAAUACAAGAUGAUAAUUUAAAUGAUUCCAAUGAAUCUAAUGAUUCAGAUGAUUCAGAUAAAUUAGACGAAUCAGAUGAUUUAGAUAAUGAAAAAGUUACAAAUACAUUAGAAAAGGGUGCUACU